AUGUUUGUGACGAGCUUUGUGGCCUCUACAGCUUUCGGAAAGAUUUUCAAGGGUUCAUAUAAAGGCCAGCGAGGGUCUCUUGAAUGGGUGCCGUUCGCUGCCAUGUGGGCUGAGCCGAACAUUCCGCCUCUCAAUGUCCCCGGUGCCGCAGUGCCGGCUUUCCAGAUGGCGGCAGUGGCGCCUUUCACUCCGAUGGAGCACCUUCCCCCUCCCCCGCCACUCAGCCCGCCCACGGCAUUCGGCACGCCGAUUGCUUUCCCUCAAAUAACAGUCCCCUUACAUGCGCACCCGGUGCCUCAUGGACACCCCCAUCUGCCGCCUGGCCCCCCUCUUGUUCCACCUCCUGCCAUGAUGGAGCAACCACCGCCACCUCCGCCUCCGAUCUUUGCGGCCCAAGCCUCACGCGCUCCUUUGACAGAUGCUGAGGUGAAAGCAGCAGCUUCGGCUGCCCUCAGCAAGUUCAUGAAGGACAUCCCCGAGAAGGUCCGCGACAACAGCCGCAGCCGCAGCCGUAAACAGACCAGAAGCUCCAGUCACAGCCGGAGUAAGAGGCGAAGCUCCAGCCGCCGAAGUCGCAGCCGCAGCAGGCGGAAGAGCCGUGGACGGAAAAAGAGUAGGUCCAAAUCCCGGCGGAAGAAGCGCAGCCGCAGCCGUGAGAAGAGCCGCGGGCGCAGCUCUCUGGUGGAGCCACCGCCGGUUCCCGGCGUGCCGAGCGCGAGCGUCCCGGCCAGCUUGCCCAGCGGAGCGCCGGGUGUGUCAGCAGAUAAGCGGAGCAAGUGGGACGAGGCCACGAGUGGCUCGAGCAGUGCCAGCGCCCCUGCAUGGAUGCAGGACAUGAUGCAGGUGCUCAAGUCAUCUGAUGCCCCAAAAGCGGCUGCAACCGCCCCGACCGGAGCUCCCAGGCACAAGAACGACCCAAAUGCACCCAAGGGGCACAAGGUCAUCGAGCUACCGGCACACCUGAUCCGUGUCCUUAUCGGGAAGGCCGGCUCGACCAUCCGCGAGGUCUGCAGCCGGUCCGGAUGCGACAUCAAGGUGAAUCAUUUGCCACAUGAACCCCAGGGAAGCAUUUCGGUGGUGGGGGACAUCGAAAGGGCGGAAGCGGUGAUUCAGGACAUCUUCCGGGCCAGAGGCUGCAAGUGGACCCCGACUGGUGCGCUUGCAGAGCAAAGCGAGGAGGACGUGAAGAUUCCGGCAGAUCUGGUCGGACUCUUCAUUGGGAAGGGCGGCGAGACCAUCAAGGAUCUCCGCGAGAGGUGUGGCGGCCAGGUGUCGAUCACCAUACAGCCAUCUGCAACUCCUGGUGGUAUGCAAGGCGUCCGUGUGGUGGGCGACAACUGGAAGUUGGCGAAAGCCUUGGUGCGAGCCAAGAUCGAGGAGCUGACGAUGUCAAAGGCCUUCAAGACCUCGGGUAGCGCCGGAAUGAUGAUGAUGCAAAAAGCCGACCUUUCGCACAGGACCCGAACUACUAUUGCCCUCGCCCCCGCUCAACCUCUGCUACCCUCCACAUCCCCCGCCGCUUAUGGCCACCACGGCUUCCAGGCCCUCAUGGAUGCGACCAUGGCUUCCAGAUGUGCAGAGCUGCUCCCUUAG